UGGUGCCUCCUCCGCGAAGCCCUCCUGGCACCGCGCUGAGCCAGUCUUCCCGAGUCCCCCGGCCCCGGGUUGGGACGUCUUCGAUCGGGCUGGGAGUGUAGGGAGGCUCCCGUUUGUUCGCCUGCUCGUCCCGGCGCUCAGCCAGGGGGCCUAAUGAAUGUGGAACCCACAUGAUAAGGCAAAGCGCGCUGCCUGAGGAUAACAGUAAGAGGGGCUGCUGCUUGGCUCCCUGUGCGCUGUCCCACACCUCCCCAGCCGGGCCUUCUGCGCACUCCUGGUUCCAUCCUCACCCCUGAGACAUGCUGGGGUGACCGUCAGAGUUUCCCAGAUGAUGAAAAGGAAGCCGGAAAGGUGUCACCAACCACUGAACUGUCCUGCUUUCCCUCGUGGGCGGGGCACCGGGAGUCUCCUGGGAACGACAGAGGCCUUGGCAACACAAGUCACAGUGCUGCAGCAACAGGUUCUGCCACGGGCCGAGGCCUGGCUGCCAGGAGUCCCUGGGGGUGCCCCAGCCUGGGCCACCAACCUUGGGACAGAGCUUCCCUCAGACCUAGAGCUGAGUGAGGAGCAGCGGCUGCAGGUCUGCAAGGAGCUGGUCGACCUGCAGAUCAAAAACCAGCGCCUGCAGGAGCAGCACGAUGCUGAAAUCUUUGAGCUGAAGAGUGAGGUCCUGUGGCUGGAGAGCCGCGUGCUGGAGCUGGAGCUGCAGGGAGCACAGGCGGCCCCAGAAGAGGCUGAUCCAGGGCGCCGCCCGGCCCUGGCACAGGAGCUCGGACACAAGGCUGGGGGGCAGGUACACUCCUACCGUCGCAGACUCCAGGCACAGUCCACAGACUUCCUGACCCCCAAGAACAAGCAGCAGGAGCUGGGGGACGGCACAGGUGUUCAGCCACCCAGCCCGGAGGUCUGUCAGGGUUUCUCCCAGCCUGGGGUGGAGGUAGGGCGGAAGAGGGGACCCGGGGCUUGGGCUUUCAUCCAGCCAGCCGUCCUGUGCCCCACAGCUGCCAGCAGAGGCAAAGCGGGCGCAGGAGCAGCACGGGGCUCGGCAGAAGGCCCUGGAGACGCGUGUGUGAGUGACCGCCUCCCUACUCUGGGACUGGAGAGCCCAGUGAGCAAGGGGGCUGUUCUCAAGGGGAAGAGGGGCUCACCCUUCCUGGGCCCAGCUGAGCCUCACACCCUGUCCACAGGGCAGCCCUGGGCCCAGCUGCAGGGAGCCUGGGAGGAGGCCAGGACAGCUGGGCAGCGACUGGCUGCACAAGCCGUGGUGUUGUCUGCCUGCCGGGGCCAGCUCCACCAGGCUGAGGCAGAGAACGCCCGGCUGCAGCUGCAACUUAAGAAGCUGAAUGAGGCGUAUGCCAUUCGACUGCAGCACUGCGCCCGAACUGUGGCUGGAUACGCAGAUGGCACAGGCCCGAAGCCCACAGCCGCAGCCCUUCGGACAUUCCUGGAGACCACUCUGGAGGACAUCAGGGCAGCUCAUCACAGCCGUGAGCAACAGCUGGCCCGGGCCGCCCGCUCCUACCGCAAGUGCCUGGCAGAUCUGAGCCGGAGGCAUGAAGAGCUGCUGACUGCUCCCAGUGUGCAGCAGAUGCUGGUGGACCCUGUCGGGGCCCCUGGGAACCCCAGGGCUGCCUUUGGUGUGGCCUCCUCAGAUGUGGCGCUGCUGCCCAUGCACACAGUCACCGAAUUCAGCCACUGGACAGAGGACCAGGCCAGGCUGGAGAAGCAGCUCCAGAAGCUCAAGGCCCAGAAGGCAUCUGGUGAAGUCUCCCAGGGGGACACAUUAGAGCCGCAGGGCCUGGAAGCUGCGUCCUGGGCCCAGAUCCGCCAGAAUCUACAGAAGUUCACCCGUGGCACCCAGGCAGAGCUGGAGCGGGAGCGGGCACAGCUGCUGGUCCGCGCCACGAUGGCAGAGGAGCAGCUUUCUGAGCUACAGGAGUAUGUGGACCAGCACCUGGGAAGGUACAAGCAGGAGAUCCUGAGGCUGAGGAAGCUGGUGGGUACAGGGGACCCCUGGAAAGUGGGGGCGAUACCUUCAGACAAGCCCCAGCACCCAAGGACCUGCAACCACUAACUGGUCAACAGGCAAACCUGGAGCUGAACUCUUCAUAGUCAGCCAGCAUGGAGCUCUCCCCACAGCACCCCCUGGAAGAUGACUUCACCCAGCCCUCCAGCCAACAAAACGCAAGGGUGGCGUCUUCCCUUGUGGUCCAGUGGCUAAGUCUCCACACUCUCAAUGCAGGGCACCCUGGUUCAAUGCCUGGUCAAGGAACU